CGCCAACGGCCGGCGGUGCGCGCGCGCUGAUUUGAAUGCGCCCCGGUCUUUUUCAUCGGAAUGGAGCGGGGCCGAGGGCCGAGUGUUCGUCUCAGGGAGGUCGGCGGCGACUCGGAGUCGCUGCAGGAAGCGGUCGAGUACUUUAUCACCGUAAAGGAGAAAAAUCCACCAGAAGGAAAUCUUCAUCUGGAGACAAUUGAAGGCAUUGCUUUUGAGAAGGGCUUGCUACCAGAUGUGAUUGAGGCACUUCUGGAUGUGGCUAUGAGUGCCAGACUAGUUGACAGGCUUAAUACACGUAUCUUGAAAUGCCUUAUUCCUGCCUUGGUAGUUCCUGAAAAUGCAGUGACUAAAGCCAUUUCCUGGAUGUGUACAAGGAAACCUAGCAUCAAUAUCCAGGUGCUAUUUAUCAAAUGGCUAUUAGCUGUGUUUGAUCUGUUGAACUCAAAGGAACAUUUACAUUCAUUGUAUGGUAUAAUUUUCUACUACCUUCAGAAUGACAAACUGUGCCCCUACAUAUGUCACCUAUUGUACCUGUUGACAAAAAAGGAAAAUGUUAAACGAUUCAGAGUUAAGAAGCUAAUAGAUCUACAGUCCAAAAUGGGAAUGCAGACACAUUUGGUGGCCCUUCUCUUGUUGUACAAAAUCCAUGCACCUGAAUAUGUUUCUUUGACGCUAUCUGGAAAACCCAAAAAUUUUAAUGCAUCUAGUUCACCCUGGAAGAAAGCCAUUGAAAGGAUCCAAAACAAUGGUUACAGGCAGUUGUCCGAAACUCAAAGUUUGGUAAAUUUAAUAGAGCCUCCGAUGCGGAAAAAGAAGAGAAAGAUGCAUCAAGAAAUUAUCCCAAAUAUCAGCAGUGCUGCACACAUGACUGAACUGCCUCGUUCCCUAAUUCAGAGCAAAACCUUUCCUUUGGAGCAGUUAACCACAUUCUCUCAACUACUGCAGAACUUUGAUUGGAUUGAGUUUCCUGCACAGAUGGGUUCAGUGCUGAGGUCUUCUCUGUUACUUCAUUACAUUAAUUGGGUAAAAGAUGAUUCGCAUUCCUCCGUCUGGAUUUCUGGCUGGCUCAAACUCUUCAGGAGGAGUUUGCAGACUGCAAAGGGGACUCCUUGCAAAAAGAGGAGGAAUUCAAGGAGUUUUUAAACAUCAUCAUAAGAACCCAGGAAUUUUUACAAGAAGGUUUCUCCUGCUGUGGGAUUUUGUAUUCAAGAGCUUAUCUCUUUGGGAUAGUUUUUGGUGUAGCUCUCAGAUCUUUGCAUUGCUCACCUGGAUUCCACCAAGUUCUGGUA